AUGUGCUUCCCGAAACUGUGCCCCUGCCUCGACCAGGACCGCAUAGUUUAUCUCGAAGAUCAAAUCGAAGUAUUCAUCGCGUUCGACGACGACUCGGAGUCAGAACUCGAAUCACUCGCCGACGAAGGGGGCAACGACCUCGAGCACAGCUUCUUUGAAUCGAAUUCCGAUGAAGAAAAUGAUGUAUUGUCUUGGGAA